AUGUUCCUCGACAACUAUCGGUACAAUGCAGAAGAAACCAAGCAGCAUGUUGUUGCCAUUGCCUCCUACCAUUUCUCCAAUCCCGACACCUCGCUGAAGCGCUACACGGACACGGGCGCUUUGGUUCAAGAGAUGGCUGUGAACAGUCCCACCUUUCAGCGGGCAUUUAGCCCUCUCAAAAUCUCCCUUGCCCGUACGCGCUUCCUGCACAGCGGAUACCGCGCCUCUGGCAAGAUCCUCGACUCAGACAUGUUAUACGCUCUGGCGCUGUUUGCCCUGCAGCCGAUACAGUUCAUCAACCGGUACGAGUGGCACACGCUAAGCGACCUGGAACGCUGCGCAAUAGGCACCUUCUGGAAGAGUAUUGGUGACACACUAGGCAUCAGCUAUGAGGUAUUGCCAUCUGGUGUUGCUGGGGCCCGAGACGGUCUUCAUUGGCUUGAGGAGCUAGAGAACCGCGAGUCGGCAGACCAGACAAUUGCUAUACUGGUCUAUAUGUUGCCUCGAGCGCUGCAUCCGGCUGCCUUGCAGCUGAUUUCAUGCAUGAUGGAUAAUCGGUUACGCAAGGCGAUGCUAUACCAUGCUCCCACCCCUUUCUUCGAAGCUGUCUUCUCUGGUCUCAUUACUGUAUGUAAGAUAGUCUUGCGCUACCUCACACCUCCGAGACCGUACUUCCUUCGCUACAACUCCCUCACUGAGAAGCCUGAUAAGAACGGUCGCUUCUUCCUGACCGAGUGGGAGGCAGCUCCCUUCUAUGUCAAGCCAACCUUUUGGAACCGCUGGGGCCCCAUGGCUUUGGUGACCCGGAUUCUUGGUCGUCCAGUUCCUGGAGACGAGGGAGAUAAAUAUUAUCCCUCAAUCCCCCUAUUAAUGGGCUUGUUCCGGUGGCUUAUGGCUAGCCGGUUUCCCACUAGCAGAGUACAGCAAAACGACUACUGA